GACUCAACAUGUGUUUAGAUUUAUCUCCAAUAACGGAGACUUGAAAACCACAAGUCUAAAUUUAAAUAUUUGAGCAAUAAACUAAACUUAUCAUGACUUUGAAUGACUGCAGUUGGCUGUGUUUACUCUCAGUGAUAAAAGAGCCACUGUGAAACCUGAAACACAAGCGUGCUGGUGGUGUUGCAAAAGACUUUUGAUAUUAUCUCCACUGUAACAACGAGAGGCCAAUCAGAUUGCCCGGACAUUGUUCCCUCCCACUUUUUUAGAGUUAUAUUGAGGUGAAUCGUCUUAUAAUGACAUCUAUUAAGUGUCGUCUUCAGUGCGUUAACAGGAAAAUGCAGAUCAUUUUCUAUUUUCUGUUGCUGCUCAUCGUGAAGUAUCACACAUUAGGUCUGAACUUUGAGACAAAGACUGCUGCUGUUGGAGAAGAUGUGACGUUGAAGUGUGACCGUCAGACGUCGGAGAGUCAGUCUUCCAAAUUAUUUUGGAUUAGGCUAAUUUCUGGAAACAUGCCUGAAGUCUUGGGAGGAACGUUUACCUUUCACUAUGAUGAAGUUAUUCAGAAUCUUCACUUUACUCUUAAACAAGAGCCUGGAGUUUUUCUUCUGCACAUUAAUGAAACAGCAUUCAAUGAUACUGGAGUUUACUUCUGCUUAAGUGUAGCUGACCAUUUUACCAUGAAGUUUUUAAAUGGAACUUUCCUCAGUAUUAAAGAAACAGGUGACGAUAUCACUGCAGUCGAUCAAGUUCCUCCAUCUCAUCCCGUCAAUCCAGGAGACCCAGUGACACUGCAGUGUUCAGUCCUGUCCGACAGCACCGAGAGCCAAACGUGUCCAGAAUAUCACAGAGUGCACUGGUUCAGAGCUGACUCCGAUGGGUCUAAUCCCAGAUUAAUUUCCACUCAUGGAGACGGCAGCCAUAAAUGUGAAAAUGGCACUGAAGCUCUCUCUCCCCCAAAAUGUUUCUACAACUUCUGUGAGAAUGUCAACUCCUCUGAUGCUGGGAUUUACUACUGUGCCGUUUCCACAUGUGCACAGAUUUUAUUUGGACGUGGAACAAAACUGGACGAUGAAGUUUCAGCACCGCGUGCAUCUCCAACCCUGCUCCUGUUAUGUGCUACACUGACUUUAAGUCUGAUUGUUAAUGCAUUCCUCAUUUAUUUCAUCAAGAUGAAAAGCUGUGACUGUCGCAAAGAGACCGUAGCAGUCGGUAGAAACCAGCAAACUCAGCAGAGAGAUGAGAACUCUUUGGUUUAUUCUGCGCCGACCUUCACGAGGAGGAACGCUGGCAAAGCAGAGAGAGGGAAUGGAAACGCAGCAGAAGAAGAGACGGUCUACAGUAAAGUCAGGGCUUCUCCAAGACAGUAAUUCAAACUGUUGAUUUGUGUGUGUGUGUGUGUGUGUAUAUACAGUAUAUGAGGAGAGCGUGCUAAGGUCAUUACAGUCAGACAUGGUGGUUGUUAAUAAACAGCAGUGGUGAUGGACGACUCCAUCUCAAGCAACAGGAACAUCAAGAAGAAGUGACACAAGGAGCUUGAGAAAUAGGCUCAAGGCCUGAAAGAGGAGUUGAUGGGGAAGUUGUGGGGGAGUAAAGGCAACUGUGGUCCAAUGAUGAUGGGAGCACUAGAGGCUGUAACCCCCAAAUCGGUAGAGUGGCUCCAACAGAUUCUAGCAACAAACGUCUGAGAUCUCUGUCCAGAAGAGCACAAUCCUAGGAGCAGCUAAGAUACUGUGCAGGAAUCUCAGGCUACCAGGCUUGUGGUAGGAGAA